CUCCGUGUCAUGAUUGUCGGCGACAGUAUCACUCACGGUGGCGAAGCCGAUUACACAUGGCGAUAUCACAUUUGGAAAUGGUUCCAAACAACCGGUCUGAAGCCUGAAUUCGUUGGACCAUUCGUUGGCACUCAAGAAAGUGAUCCUGCUAAACCGCCACAACCGCCAGGCAUUCCUGGAGAGCCGUUACCAGGCGAUUUCGGUCCACGCACUAAAGGUGGAUAUGCUCUCGGAUGCGAAGAUGAGUUCACUGGCGGGAAAGGACCAGGUCAGAUUGGGGAGCACGGCGAGUGUCGCCACUACUCCAUGUGGGGACGACAGGCAGCUCAAGCGAAAGGCUCAAUCCGAGAACAAGUCGAGAAGUACCAACCAAAUCUCAUCUUGUCCUUACUUGGCUUCAACGACAUCGGUUGGUGGGUAAGUGAUGCCAACGGUACCAUCGAGAGCAUGCAGGAAUUCGUAGCCGAAGCUCGAAAAGGCAAUCCAAGAGUGCAUUUCGUGCUCGGUAAUAUAGUCGAACGAAGCUUCAUGGAUGGCCGACAGGACUUGGUUGACAACACUCUGAAGUUCAACAAGAUGCUUAAGGAGAAAUGUCCUGAAUGGUCCACUUCGGAGAGUCUGGUAGCAUACGCCGAUAUCGCUGCGAAUUACUCAUGUGGCCCACACGUACCUGAUCUAGCAUCUUAUGAUGGAUUACAUCCCAACGCUCGCGGCGACAUCGAAAUCGCCUAUGGCUUUUCGGCAACGCUGCAUGAAUUCUACAAGCUUGGUUCCGCGCCGAUGAAGCUCCCAAAGGAGGACGAAAUUCCGAAACGUGCUCUCUCGCCACCCACCGAAAUCAUCGCAUCUGGAGCCCCGAUGGGUGUCAAAGUCGUGUGGAAACCAGUCUAUGGCGGCCAAUAUAACGUGCGUAGCCGAGUCAAGAACAGUGGUCAAGACUGGGGAGAAGGUAACGCCAUGGGGCCACGCUUCGACACGACUUUCACCGCCCCCGGCGUUGAAUGGGAAUAUGAGGUUCGCACUAUUCACGGGAACAACAAAGGACCUUGGUCAAAGCCGCCGGUAUCUGCCAUCUCGACGCGCUCCACUGCGCCUCCGCCCACAAAAAUCAAAGCCUGGCCCGAGAAAGAAGGAUUCAGGUUGAGUUUCCACCCUCCCGGGCCAAGGAGCGACAAGUCACAAUGGAAAGUCGACCGCUAUGAGGUACGAUACCACGAUCACGACUGGCCCGGCGCUUUCAUCUGUGCGUACGGCGCAAGAGGUCCGACAGAAGCCGUCUUUGACAACAUGCGAGAGAGCGUCGGCCAUCGUCAUCAGAUGUGGAUGGCUACGUGGACCGAUCCGGAGGGUGGAGGAGAACAUCGCGAAUGCCGACCUGUGAUUGUGGGA